CUCCAAAGGAGUGGGCACAAGACAAGCAUACUCCAAUUUUCAUUUGUCUCUCAUGUCUUGUCUUGUCUCUUCUCAUUUGAAAGUCCUAGUUUUUCCUAUAUAUCCCUUUUAUCUUGAAAAAUAAUCAAGUUCCAAAUAUAUUAACUUCCACAAUACUUGUAACUAUAUUUGAGCAGAAUCAGAACUUCACAAGGGCAUGGCAUUCAAUGGCCAUCAAUAUCUCCUCUACUUCAGUGUCUUGAAUUUUAUCAUUAGCUCCUUUGUUCCAAUAAUGGCAGCAUCUGUUACUCCUACACCACUUGUUGAUCGUACUUCUCUAAACCGUAGUAGUUUUCCAAAAGGUUUCAUAUUUGGUACUGCCUCAUCCUCUUACCAGUAUGAAGGUGCUGCAAAUGAAGGUGGAAGAGGACAAAGUAUAUGGGAUAAAUAUGUUCAUGAACAUCCAGAAAAAAUAUUGGACGGAAGCAAUGGAGAUGUAGCUGUUGAUCAGUAUCAUCGUUAUAAGGAGGAUGUUGCAAUCAUGAAGUAUAUGAAUACAGAUGCAUACAGAUUCUCCAUCUCUUGGCCAAGAAUAUUGCCAAAAGGAAAAGUAAGUGAAGGUAUAAACCAAGAAGGAAUCAAAUAUUACAACAACCUGAUCAAUGAACUACUUGAUAAUGGUCUGGUACCAUUUGUGACCCUUUUCCAUUGGGAUCUUCCCCAAGUUUUACAAGACGAGUACAGCGGUUUCUUAAGCCCUAAUAUUAUAAAUGAUUUUCAAGACUAUGCAGAGCUAUGCUUCAAGGAAUUCGGAGAUAGAGUGAAGCAUUGGAUUACCUUCAAUGAGCCACACUCUUACAGUUUGGGUUCAGAACCUUACAUCGUCUCACACAACCAACUCCUUGCUCAUGCAGCUGCUGUCAAACUUUAUAGAACCAAUCAUCAGGCUUCUCAAAAUGGUUCAAUAGGCAUCACCUUAAAUUGUCACUGGUUUUUGCCGUUCUCAAAUGACACGUUAGAUCAUCAAGCUUCCGAACGUGCUCUUGAUUUCAUGUUUGGAUGGUAUAAUGUUGCAUUUAUUCCCAAUUGUUCGCAAAAUCAUCGAUCACGACAUACUUGCGCCCAUAAUCUAAAAUCUUAUUUAUAUGCAUGUUUAUAUUAUACAAGACUUGUUUGUAGGUUUAUGCAGCCACUGACAACAGGAGAGUAUCCAUCAAGCAUGGUGUCUUAUGUGGGAAAUCGUUUACCAAAGUUCACCAGAGAGCAAUCUAAGAUUCUUAUUGGCUCAUUUGAUUUUAUUGGAAUCAAUUACUACACCUCCAAUUAUGCUGCUAAUAUACCACAAUCAAAUAAUGACACAGGCACACCUGGAUAUUUCAAGGAUACUCAUGUCAAUUUAACAACUGAGCGUAACGGGAUACCAAUUGGACCAAGGGCUGCUUCACCUUGGCUAUUUGUUUAUCCAAGGGGGAUUCAAGAACUACUGUUGUACACAAAGACAAAGUAUAACAACCCUGUGAUUUACAUAACCGAAAAUGGUAUGGACGAGUUAAAUGAUCCAACGCUAUCACUUGAAGAGGCGCUCAUGGAUACUUACAGAAUCGAUUACUUUUAUCGACAUCUUUAUUAUAUUUCAUCUGCAAUCAAGCAUGGUGUGAAAGUACAAGGAUAUUUUGCAUGGUCACUUUUAGACAACUUUGAAUGGCUGGCCGGAUACAGAAGACGUUUUGGAAUUAACUUUGUAGAUUACAAAGAUAAUCUUAAAAGACACCAAAAGCUUUCUGCCCAUUGGUUUAGGAAUUUUCUUAAAAAGAAGUAGAGCAUAUGGGUGAUUGAAGGUACGGUUAGAGAAUAUAUAAACUAUACAAAUAUUUGUAUUAUUAUUAGUAGUUGAAAAUAGUGUGUUUGUGCUUUUUUUUCUUUCAAUAUUUGAAAUUUCACUAUGAAUGUAGAUGCAUAA